CAGGUCGUCCUGACGCCAACUCCUCGAUGGCCGGAUCUUCUCGUCGUACACGACCCGGUCAACCGCCUGCUCUUCUCGUCCAAACUGUUUGCUGCGCACGUGGCCCCGCCGGAGGGCCUGGACGAGGGCGGUUGGGAGGCCUUCGGUGACGACUGGCGCUACUACUUCGAGUGCAUGCUGGCUCCCUCGGCUAGGCAGGUCUGGUGGGCAUUGGGCUGGUGGGGGACCUCGCCGCCGUCAUCAUCGGCGUCGCUGCCUGUGUGUAUGCUACUGCCGAUGCACGGACCAGGUGUGUCGUCGGCGCUAACUCAGCUGCUACAGGAGUAUCGCGGCUGGGUGGACGAGCAAAUCAAGGCAGCCGCCACCAGCUGCGCGGCGGUGUUUUACGCGUCGGCGUACGGCAAUACGGCGGCGCUGGCUCAGGCCAUCAGCCGUGGCAUCACCAGGGGCGGUGUGGCGGUGGAGACCAUCAACCUGGAGCUGGCAUCCCUUGGGGAGGUGACGGAGGCCAUUGGCAGGUCGCAGGGCUUUGUGCUGGGUGACCCCACCCUGGGCGGCCACAUGCCCACCCAGGUGUCAGUGGCCAUGGGGGCCAUACUGCGGGAGCCCACUGCCAAGACCAUGCCGUGCGGUGUGUUUGGCAGCUUCGGCUGGAGCGGCGAGGCGGUGGAUGAGAUGGAGGGCAGGCUGAGGGACUCGGGCUUCGGGUUCGCGUUCGACUCCAUCCGCGUGAAGUUCAAGCCGACGGCGAAGGAUCUGCUGCUGUGUGAGGAAAGCGGUCGGGCGCUGGCCCAGUCCAUUAAGAAGAAGCUCAAAGUCCGGGAGCUGGCGGCAGUUCCCGGUGGCGGUCCGCAACUGGCCAUGGGCCGCGUGGUUGGCUCGCUCUCUGUGCUGACCGCCAAAGACGAGGACGCCAGCAGCGCCAUGUUGGCCAGCUGGAUAUCGCAGGCCAGCUUCGACCCUCCUGGCGUGACUGUGGCCGUCAAGAAGGACCGCGCCAUUGAGAAGCUGUUGGUGGUGGGCGGCAAGUUCUGUGUGAGCACGGUGGCCGAGGGGCGGGAGAAGCCCAUCAUGAAGGCCCUCACGCGGCCCUUCAGCCCGGGGGAGGACCGACUGGCAGGUCUCGAGACAACCCCCUCCCCCCAGUUGGGCGUCCCGGUGCUCAGCAGCGCUAACAGCUUCUUGGAGUGUGCGGUGGUGACUCGCAUGGAGGCGGGGGAUCACUACGUCGUGUAUGCGCAGGUUCUGGACGGCAAGGUCUUGGACGAGAACGCGAACACUGCCGUACACCACCGCAAGGUCGGCAACCACUACUGA